ACUGUCUUGUCUGUCUGUCUUUUUCUUCAAGUGUUCUCUAAUCUUAGCUUAUCAUAUCAUAGCAUAGGGCAUAGUAUAGGCUUCUCUGAUCUUCUCCAGUAAGUGUGAGUAUGUGGUAGUGUCCACAACACAACAAACACAACACUACAGGCCUUUAUUAUGUGUGUUUGGUUGGCAAGUUUCAAUUUUUGUAGCUCCCCAGCAAAAGAUAUAAAAAGGGUCCACUCACAAACUCAUCAAACAUAAAAGCCUCUUCUGAUCUUCCCAAAACUACUUUCUCUUUACUUGUUUAAAAGAAAAAAAACUAGCAAGCUAGAAGCCAAAACUACCAAAAAAGAAAAGAGGGAAUCUAUUCUUUUUGUUUGUCCAUGGACUUUGAUCUGAAGCAAUGGAGAAACCAGGAGGAGUCAGAAGCAAAGGUACCAAGACUUGUGCUUGAUCUCCACUCCACCACUACCACAGCUAGUCAUGGGGGUGGGGGUGGGGGGUCAUCUUCCUCUGCACUUCCAUUGUUUGUCUCUGAACCCCCCACCAGCAAGCUGUCAGCAUUCUCUUCUGAUUCCACACCCACUGCCACCACCAAAUUUCCCAGGAUGGGUGGAAGUUACUUCAGCUUGGGGCAGUGGCAGGAGCUUGAACUGCAGGCUUUGAUCUUCAGACACAUGAUUGCUGGGGCACCUGUUCCACCUGAGCUUCUCCACCUGGUUAAAAAGAGCCUCUUCAACUCUGCUCCUUACUAUUUCCCUCACCCUCUUCACCAAUAUCCCCAUUAUCACCCAGCUUCAGCACCUUUGAUGCAAGCAGGGUACUGGGGGAGAGCGGCGAUGGAUCCGGAGCCGGGUCGGUGCCGGAGGACCGACGGGAAGAAGUGGAGGUGCUCGAGGGACGUGGUGGCGGGUCAGAAGUAUUGUGAGCGCCACAUGCACCGUGGCCGCAACCGUUCAAGAAAGCCUGUGGAAAUUCCCACGCCAACUCCGCCUACUGCCGCCGGUGGCCCCACGGCGGAUGCUCAGCCCUUGUCCGCCGUGCCCGGCCGUGAUGCCCCCCCUCACUUCACUCUCUCCGCCGCUACUGCUCCUCCCUCGUCUUCCAUUGAUCUCUUUCACCUCAGUCAAAGGCAUCAUGGAGAGCCCAUUAUGGAAAGCAACGGCCCACUUGAGGCCCAAAAGGAUGGGCCGGCCGGCGGACAGACACUCCGGCAUUUCUUCGACGACUGGCCCAGACCACUUGAGGAAAAUGAGAGCUCCUCCGCCGUGGCUUCCGCCACCAACCUCUCCAUAUCCAUCCCCGGAAACGCUUCUUCCGAUUUCUCACUGAAGCUCGCCACCGGGCCUCCGCUGGGGGGCAACAUGGAACGGACAACCGCCGCGUGGGGGACGAGCCACCACCAGGUCCAGGUGGGUUCCGCCGUGGGCGGGCCGCUGGCGGAGGCUUUGAGAUCUUCCACGUCCAACUCCUCGCCCACCAGCGUUUUGCACCAGUUGCAGCGUAACUCAACAACGUCGGAGACUAGUUUUAUCACCAGUUGAAGAAGAAGAAUCAUUAUAUUGUUUUCUUCAAAAAUGAUGUAUGUCUAGGUUGUCUUAUUUAAAUGUCGGCUGUACAAAUUGCAUGCAUGGAGUGUGUAAUGCUUUAAUUUUUCUUCGUGCUUUCAUCAACUUUCCUAACUAUUUUGUGGUUAUCAAGAUUUUGGGAAUUAUUUUAGUAGUAAGUUACAUCUAUGAGUUUUCAAUAAGUAACAAAUUGAGGGUGACAUUGCUAUAUAUAUGUGAUUCAUGCAUGCAUGCUUGGAAAAGAAAUGAAACGACCCUGAUUGAGUUUA